AUGGGGCCAGAAGGGAAUCGGGAAUGGAGGGCAGUUGAGGGGUUCAGGGGGCGUGGGGGUGGGCCGGGCCCCCGGGACCCGCCGGCGGCUGCGCCAACUCCGCUCGCACCUGCGGCUCAAACUUUUGUGAGGCGGCUCUCGGAGCGGCGGGAACCCGGCCGAAGCUGUCCCCCCACCAGCCCGGCUCGGCCUUGGGCUUCCCGGGGCCCGGGUGGUCGCCAGCAGGCUCCACGCGAGCCGGGCGGGGGUAGGGUGGCCGGCCGCGAGGAGCGCGCGGGCAGCUUGGCGCGGGGGUGGCCGGGCUGCGCCGGGGUCACCCGGGGCAAAGGACUGGGGCGGGGGGGAAGGGCGCGGGGCCCGGACUGGUCCGAAGGCGGGUGUGUGGUUACAGAAGGGCUGCGCGAAUACUUCGGCCAGUUCGGGGAGGUGAAGGAGUGUCUGGUGAUGCGGGACCCCCUGACGAAGAGAUCCAGGGGUUUCGGCUUCGUCACUUUCAUGGACCAGGCGGGGGUGGAUAAAGUGCUGGCGCAAUCUCGGCACGAGCUCGACUCCAAAACAAUUGACCCUAAGGUGGCCUUUCCUCGGAGAGCACAGCCUAAGAUGGUGACUCGAACCAAGAAGAUCUUUGUGGGGGGGCUGUCGGUGAACACCACGGUAGAAGACGUGAAGCAGUAUUUUGAACAGUUUGGGAAGGUGGAUGACGCCAUGCUGAUGUUCGACAAAACCACCAACCGGCACCGAGGGUUUGGCUUUGUCACAUUUGAGAGUGAAGACAUCGUGGAGAAAGUGUGUGAAAUCCAUUUCCAUGAAAUCAACAACAAAAUGGUGGAAUGUAAGAAAGCUCAGCCAAAGGAGGUGAUGUCCCCAACAGGUUCAGCCCGGGGGAGGUCUCGAGUCAUGCCCUACGGAAUGGACGCCUUCAUGUUGGGCAUCGGCAUGCUGGGUUACCCAGGUUUCCAAGCUACGACGUAUGCCAGCCGGAGUUACACAGGCCUUGCCCCUGGCUACACCUACCAGUUCCCCGAGUUCCGUGUAGAGCGGACCCCUCUCCCGAGCGCCCCAGUCCUACCCGAGCUUACAGCCAUUCCUCUCACUGCUUAUGGACCAAUGGCGGCGGCGGCGGCGGCGGCGGCUGUAGUUCGAGGGACAGGCUCUCACCCCUGGACGAUGGCUCCCCCUCCAGGUUCGACACCCAGCCGCACAGGGGGCUUCCUGGGGACCACCAGCCCUGGCCCAAUGGCUGAGCUCUAUGGGGCAGCCAACCAGGACUCAGGGGUCAGCAGUUACAUCAGCGCCGCCAGCCCUGCCCCCAGCACCGGCUUUGGCCACAGUCUUGGGGGUCCCUUGAUUGCCACAGCCUUCACCAAUGGGUACCACUGAAGCAGGGGACAGGUGGCAGGAGCGCCCCAGCCUGCAGCUGACUGAGGACCUCGAGUGUGUGCCAGCGAGGGGGCGGGACACCUCAGCCGCAGCUCUGCCUCCUCUCCCGCAGCAACUCGGAUGCUACUGCCUGUCCCCACUCCCUGGGCCCAGCCCCUGCCCCUGCCCCGCCCCCCUACUCUGGCUCCCAUACUAACUGCCCCUUUUUCUGCCAUUGUCCCCACUCCCCCAGCCCCCUCCCUACCCGCUUUUAUUUAUUUUGGAUUAGCCGUUGACCCCUACUUCCCUGAUAUCUCGGUCUGCACCCCUCCCUCCCUGCUGCCGCCCCUAUAGGAUCCCCCCUCCCCAGAAAGCUUUUGUAUUGUGCAUAGCUAGAGUGAGGGCGGAGGGAGCCUGCUACAGGCCGCAGCCCCAACCCUUGUUUUUUAUUCUGAGAUUCCACCCUUGACUCUUUUUUUUUUUUUUUUUUUUUUUUUUAAAGAAACCGUUUUUAAACUAUUUCUAGGUUUGUGAAUGUGAAGCCCCAGGCCGCAGGGGGCAAGGGGCCAGGUGCCCCCCACCAGCUGAGAACAAAGUGUCUAUGUGGGUGUGGGCCCCUGGCUGCCUCCCUCCAGCCCUGGAGAGGAGGGCAGGGCUGCGGGUAGGCCAGGCCGAGCCCCUGGAACCAUCCCGUCCUGUAUCAUAUGUAAAUACUGUGAGGUGAAGCCCCCACCCCUUUCUAAGAUCCCUUGGGGGUUGGGGCCUCGCCUCAGCCCCGCAGGGCAAAGGUCUCCUCAUCCCCUGUUUCUGUCUCCUCCUCAGACACCGUUACUGUAAGCUUGCAGGCCUGGCUCUGGCCACAGCAGGCCCACUCUCUCAGGCCCUCUGGGUCAAGGCCUCAGGCCUGCUCUCCCCCAAACCCAAUGAGGGAGUGAGGGGCGGGGAGGAGAAGGGGGUUGCCCGGAGCCACUGCUGGAAAAGAAUUAGCUCUCCAAAGGUCUCCCCUGCCCCCUGCCUAGGUUGGACCUUCAUGGUUUUCUGCUCUGAGCCCCCCAACCCCCAUGGGUGGGCAUGGGGGGCACUUUGGUAAGGAGCAGAUGCCAGGGGAAAGCAAAGGGCUUCUCAGGGAACCCCCACAUUCUCUCACUGAAGUUUCCCACCAAGACGGCCCUGUGGCCAGAGCCCCUUGGCAGCCCCUUACCCCAGAGCCCCCUUCAAAGGAAAAAAGAGAGGCUCAGGGUCUGAAUAUGGAGCGUGACCAGGCUGGCGUGGGCAGGGCUGAGGCCCACUCACUGACACCCCCAUUCUGUGUCCUCCCCCAGGUCAGAGUCUGGGGGCCUACACUCCCUUCUCCACAACCCUUCAAACCACCCUUUGGAGAGUUAAUUGUCUGUGUGAGGUGCUUAACCUAUUAGCCCUGAGAACACAAAGCAAUAAUCUUUGUUACCGAGAUGCACGGCUGUUUGUGUUGGUUUUCUCUCUCUCUCUUUUUUUUUUUUUUAAUGUUUCCUAAUAAAAGAGAAGCUGCAUUUUAUUGGUUUUUAUUUUUAAUUUUCUACACAUUUGAGCCGAGUCCCUAGAGACUUGGCUUCCCUCUUCCUCCAUCCCUGGACGCUCCCACCCGCUGGGCCCAGCCACCAAUUCAGGGCCCUGGAAUUCUGUUUCCUGAUUUGUUUGGGGACUUUUUUUUUUUUAAUUUAAGAUGUUACAUGGUGUUUUGAAGCCAGCAAGUUACCA